AAUGCACACGAGCAUCUUCCUGCUAUACAUUCGGGUCGAAUCUCAAAGGUCGCAUUGCUUUUUAGUAUUUCCUUUGCGUGAGGAAACAUCUCGUCGCAAUGGCCGAGUCCACCGAGGUUGACUACACCCUCAACAACCCAGAUACCCUCACCAAGUACAAGACCGCUGCUCAGAUUUCCCACAAAGUGCUAGAGGCCGUUACAGGAUGGUGCAUUGAGGGAAGCAAAAUCGUCGAGCUCUGCCAAAAGGGUGACCAGCUCCUCGACGAGGAAAUUGCCAAGGUCUACAAAGGCAAAAAGAUCGCUAAAGGCAUUGCUCAUCCCACCACGGUUUCUCCCAGUUCAUUCGUGACUCCGUAUACACCACUUGUCUCGGAUACCGAGGAAGCCGAGACUACCAUCAAGGCCGGCGAGGUUAUCAAGAUCCAACUCGGUGCUCAGAUCGACGGGUUCGGUACCAUCGUUUCCGACUCCAUCAUUGUUGCUGGAAAGGAAUCAUCAGAUGGUGUAGUGGAAGGCCGCGAAGCCGAUCUCAUUCAUGCGACACACUAUGCUAAUGAACUGCUUUUGCGUUUGAUGGUGCCCCCCGGUCUUUUGGCUUCCGGCACAGAUGAGGAAAAGGCAAAGGCUGCAGCAGAGAAGCCUCCCACCCAGAGCAAGAUUUCCAGCCUGAUCGAGAAAGUAGCCAAGACAUACGACGUCAAUGUUGUCGAGAACACCACCAGCUGGCUGUUCGACCGCAACGAGAUUGAAGGCACCAAGAAGAUCAUCCUUUCCCCUAGCGGUGGAGUCAAAGGCGAAGGUUCCCCAGCAGUCGGAGAAGUUUGGGGUGUCGAAGUCGGUCUGAGCUUGGGCUCAGGUAAAGUGAAGACCUUGCCCCAUCGAGCUACCUUGCACCGCCGAACCACUACAACCUAUAUAUUGAAGCGCCCCAGCUCCCGUCAGACCUUGUCAGAGGUUGUUAAGAAAUUCGGAACUUUCCCUUUCAGUUUACGCCAAUUGGAUGACGAGAAGGCCGGUAAAGUUGGUAUUGUCGAGUGUGUUCGAGGUGGCGUCGUGCGACAGUAUGAGCCAGCCGGUGACUCUGACAAUGCCCCUGUCUCUCGCUUGUUGACCACCGUUGCCAUUACCAAGAACGGUUUGACCAGGCUGGCAGCUCCCCCUGCACCUGAUUUGACCAAGUUCAAGACAGAUAAGAAGAUUGAAGAUGAAGAGAUCUUGAAGAUCCUCGAGCAGCCAUUGGCCAAGUCUACUGGAUCGAAGGGAAAGAAGAAUAAGAAGAAGAAGAAGCCCGCCAAGAAGGAAGGAGAAGAAGAGGAAAGCGAUGCAGAGUAAAAAAGGCAUCCCGUUUUGCCGUGUUUUGGGUCAUUGUAUGCUGUUGGGAAUGGUCCAUUUUCCAGUGUAUCCUCUUCUGGGGAAGCACGCGUUAUGACAUGGCCAUCUGUCAACAUGUCAUUGCAGCGUGGAAAUGAUGCCGUUGAUCCGGCAUAGUCGGUCGCAGCUUAGUAGACUGCGAUGUAUGAGACCGUACAUACCAUGCAUGCAUGACAAUGAAAGAAAGAAAAAUGAAGAAAAUUCGAGACUUUAUCCAUC